CUGGAUUCCAUCCAGGGUCCAAAGUAUCGGGCCUCAGUUGAAAAUCACGAAACCUGCUAGCGACUCUAUCGUCUCAAGCUGCACGAGGCAGACAACCAUCGUUCCAGUUGCUGCUCGAACCUGCAGUGCAGAAAACUGAUAGCUCAAAGUUUUUAGUCCUGCAGUAAAGGUACUUCCAACUUACGUGAAAAAAUGUCGUCUCUAAGGAAUGCUAUCAGUAGACGGGCUCACAAGGAGCGAUCUCAGCCGCAUGCUAGGAAGAAGUUUGGGAUUCUAGAAAAGCAUAAAGACUAUGUCUUGCGUGCAAAGGCAUAUCACCAGAAGGAGGAGACUUUACAGAAACUCAAGGAGAAAGCAUCAUUCAGGAACCCAGAUGAAUUUUACUUCAAGAUGAUAAGAACAAGAACAAAGGAUGGAGUUCAUAAACCAGAGAGUGAGGCCAAGAAGUACACUAAUGAGGAACUCAUGCUCAUGAAGACCCAAGAUAUAGGAUAUGUCUUUCAGAAAAUUCAAAGUGAAAAGAAGAAAAUUGAGAAGCUAGGUGCUGUGCUGCAUUCUCUUGAUAAUCAGGCACCUAACAAGCACAUCUAUUAUGCUGAAGACAGGGAGGAAGCUAAAGAAAUACGAUUACAAGCUCCACCAAGGGGAAAGUUACCUGCUUCUGAGGAUCUCCCAGAUCAUAUUAAGAGAAAAACAGCUGGUUCAUACCGAGAACUGGAGGCUAGGAAGAAGAGAUUAAAUGACCUAGAGAAACUGUAUAUGGACAUGGAAUUGAAAAAGGAACUACAGAAAAAGGGUCGUAAACGCAAGCUUCGUGAAGAUGAGAUUGUUUGCCCAACUUCCAACCCCGUAUAUAAGUGGCGGAAGGAACGGAAGAGAUAAUGAAGUUAGAGUUUUUUUUGUUCCUGCACCUGGCACCUUUUCAGCGUCAUUGAUACAAUUAGUUGAACUCCUGCUUUGUAGGGUAUUUAGAAAUUACUGUUCAGAGCUAGGAGGAUGUUUUCUGAAAGGCCAAAUUUCCCUUCUUCGGAAGCUCAAAUCAUUUCUCCCUAGAAAGAAAGCUGGAUGAUGAAACUGUAUGGCAAUUGGAAAUAGAGUUUCUCAUUUAAAAUCAAAGUCUGGGAAAAGCUUGUAUUUCUCCUGCAAAAUACAGAUUCUGGACCUUAGGAAUUAGCUGUUGAUGAUUACUUAUCCAUCUCUGAUUAUUUCUUUUUGAUAUGUAUGAUUGUUAAUAGAUUAUGCGGCUUUGUUUUUUUCAAAAACUUAAAUGCAGUAGCAGGUUUUUGUGUUAUGAAUCAUAAAAUGGAAACAAAACAGAUCAUUUCAUCAUAAAGGAUAUGUUAUUGCAUGUCUUCUGUGGUGGAAAAUUUGACUA